GCUGCACUUUGCCGACGAGCAUCUCUGCCGUCCUGUCUUCACCACAGUCAUCACUGCUCCCCUCACCAGCCCGGAUCUGCGAACAUAACACACAGGGACUCUGGAAAAAAAAAAGGCAGAGUUCAUGAAUGUAACUCCGGUCUGUCCAAAAAACUGCGCCGUUUACCUGGAUAAGUCCAUCCCGACGAGAGGAAGACAGAGACUACCCGAGUGGAGUGUCGACGCAGAAGACUGUGAAGGAGAAAAGAGAAGAAUAUGAUUGUCAAGCAGCACUUGGUCUUCAUCCUUUACAGCCUCUGCGCAAGCGUCUUUAAAGUGGCUGGGACAAAAAGCAAAGCGAAAGGUAGCCAAGGUCAGUUCCCCAUAACUCAGAAUGUGACGGUGGUGGAGGGGGGUGCAGCCAACAUGACCUGUCGUGUGGAUUACAAUGAUAACACUUCCCUCCAGUGGUCAAACCCUGCACAACAGACUCUGUUCUUCGGGGACAAGAAAGCUCUGAGGGACCACAGAAUCGAGCUGGUGCGAGCCACGUCGCAGGAGCUCACCAUCAGAAUCGGUGACGUCAGCCUGUCAGAUGAGGGCCAGUACACCUGCUCGCUCUUCACCAUGCCUGUCAAGACCACCAAGGCCUUUCUCACUGUUCUGGGAGUACCAGGACGACCAGAGAUCACAGGAUUCACCAAGCCUGCCAUGGAGGGCGAUGUGAUUACCCUGACGUGCACCACAUCCGGCAGCAAACCAGCUGCCAACAUCCGGUGGUUCCGAAAUGAUAAGGAGGUCCAAGGGACCAAGGAGCUGAAUGCCACAGGUAAAUCUUUCACCGUCAGGAGUAGCCUCCAGUUUCAGGUGGACAAGCGGGACGACGGCGUCGCCUACACUUGCAGCGUGGAGCACGUGUCCCUGUCCAACCCCUACAUGACAACCGAGGUUCUGGAGGUCCACUAUGCUCCACAUCUGGACAUCACACACUCGAUGAUAAUUCCACAAGAAGGGCAAUACUUCAAAUUGGAGUGUGUUUCCAUAGGCAACCCAAUACCUGAUCCGGUGCUGUGGUCUAAAGAUGGAGGCGAGCUCCCCGACAUUGAGCGCAUGAUUGUGGAAGGAAGAGAGCUAACCAUCACCACGCUAAACAAAACAGACAAUGGCACAUACCGCUGUGAAGCAAGCAACCACCUGGGGACCAGCAGUGCUGAAUAUACACUGUUUGUAUAUGCCAAAGACUUUCCAGGGCCUACAGCAGAUCCUAAUGCUCUGGGACAACACGGACCUGACCACGCUUUAAUCGGCGGCGUUGUUGCAGUCGUGGUCUUCAUCACCUUGUGCUUGAUAAUAGUUCUUGGGCGAUAUCUGGCCAGACAUAAAGGGACUUAUCUAACGCACGAGGCCAAAGGAGCGGAGGACGCCCCAGAUGCCGACACAGCCAUCAUCAACGCCGAGGGAAACCACGUGCAUGCAGAGGAAAAGAAAGAGUACUUCAUUUAGACUUCCGUUACACUCCUUUCCUUCGUUUCAUGACAACUUGUGACAGCAGACAUGCAAUUUUUACUUGCCUCAGCAUCACUGUCUGUUUUACUUAACUUCAUAUUCUUUUCUCUGCUCUGAAAAGCUCAUGCUCUGACACGCUGGUUUUGUAAGUAUCCAUUGGUAAUAUAGCCUUCUCCUUUUGUAAGCAAUGUGCCCCAUGUGCAGUUGGAUCAUGUCCCUUUCAGUUGUACGGUGCCUAAAUGCUGUAUACAUUUCUGUAUUUCUUUUAUCGCUUGCUUAAUCUCUAUUCUCUCUAACUUUUUGCAGAAUUCCUUUUUUUGUAAAAUUCAGAUGCAACCAGAAAUGUGCUUCAGUUCGACUUUAGAGUCAAGACUUACAUUUUCGAUCUGUUUUCGCUUUCAGAACAAAUUAUGUUAAAUCCACUGAUUUAUCAGACAUUGACAUCAGAAGCAUCUCUUUAGAGAUCGGAGGGUCUCGGGUGUUGCCUGGAGUUUUUACCCCCUCCGCAGCCAUACUGCACAUUUUUUAAACAACGUCACAAAGCAGACCAGACACACAAAAAAUAAAAGGUAGAAGCACAAUCAAUGCGAUUGUCUCCAGAUGAAAUCGACUCCCACUUCUCGCUGCCUGUUUAUUCCUGCAAUGAUUUCUUUCUCUUUUAUUUUACUCAUGCUGUUGAUUUUUGAGAACAAGUCAGAAAAUUAAAGCACAAAGUCUGAGGACUAAAACAGAGGGAAAACACAUCAACUGUCUCAGGAUUCAAUAUGAGUCUAGUUGGGGAGAUGGUGUCAGACACACGAUGAAGAUUUCAGUACACAGUUGUUGUCACGGAUGAGGAACUUUAAUUUUUGUUGGCGAUCAUAUGUAAGAUCCAAACCGAGUGAGUGGAACCUUGUGGGGGUUCAUUAUUUAUGUUGGAUUUUAUUGAACAACUAUGCUCAAUGUGUUGAUAUUGCUGUAAAAUACUUUGCCAACGUGAAUAUUGGUGAACAAUAUUGUUGAAUCUUGGGAUCCCUGACACAUUACAGUUUGUAUAUUAGCAUAUACAGUAGUUAAAGUAUUCCAUGAGUCUCAAAUGUUUUCUUUUUCCAUUGAUCUAACAAGAGGUUGUUUUGCUCUAAGGUGUGUAAAUAAUGUGUAAGUAUUCAAUUUCAGUGAAAGAAAAGAACACUGCUUAUAUCUUUUCAUUUCAGGUCAUUUUGAUGAGAUUGUUUUCAUACUUUGAAGAUUUCUUCAAACAGGGAUUCUCAUUGCUUAAUUGCUUAAAAUGUAAAAAGAAAAGAAAAAAUCUGGUCAGAAUAUAUGUAUUUAUUAUUAUGAUUGAUUGACAUUUAUUAUAUAAUGCUAUAUUGAUUGAUAUUAUUGCUGUUAUUACUAAAGUAGUUGUCUGACAUUAACUUUUCCAUUUUUUAAUUCUCAAACAUACCAUGAAAAACAAUACAAGGAUCACCGUUAUGGCCUUUGAGUUUGCUGCAAACAGUACUAAUGACAUGUUGAGGCAUUGGUGAAUCAGACAUCCCCUCACUUGUAUAUAGUCACUGUAUCAAAGACAUUGAACCUCAUUGCCAAUGCUCAUACAUGUUAUUUUGUUAGUUCAAUAUGAUGCUAUAAAUAACUCAUUUUGUACAAAGUUUUAAUCGCUGUAAUUAAUUUGCUUUUUAUGGGGGAUGUGUGAGGUUUUUGCUUUUUUCUCAGUAUUGAGUAUUCACUUUUCAACUAUGCCACUGUUAAAAAAAGAAAAAAGAGAGACAAAGUGUGGA